AUGCCUCGAGGCGUGCUCGACGUCGCGCGCGGCGACCGCGCGCGCGCGCGCGUCGCCACCGGUGACCUCGCGCGUUCGAUCAUCGCCGCGUUCGCGUGCGCGACGCUCGCGUUCGCCGGCGGAUGCGCGCUCGCGCACGCCGAGGUCGCGCGCGGGCAUCCGGUGGCGUUCGCGCUGUUUCCCACGUUCGGCGUCGCGUAUCUCGCGGCGUGCGUGCCGCUCGCGGUGGCGUACACGAACCCCGAGGACGUGCGCGCGGACCUGAACGCGUGCAGGCCGAGGGAUUACGCGUGGUUGUUUCGACGGACGUGGGGGGCGUUCAAGGACGCCGAGGACGGGAAGGUGCGAGGGAAGGAUUUGUGA